UCCCGCAGCCGCCGCGCCUGGGCCAUGGGCCGGGGCCACUGAGGGCAGCCGGGGCCGAGCGCUGAAGAGGGACCGAGCCAGUGCCUUGCCCUCGCGCCGCGCCAACAUGCCCCGCGGCUUCCUGGUGAAGCGCAGCAAGAAGUCCACGCCCGUGUCCUACCGGGUCCGCGGCGGCGAGGACGGCGACCGCGCGCUGCUGCUCUCGCCGGGCUGCGGGGGCGCCCGCGCCUCGCCCCCGGCGCCAAGCCCCGGGCCGGGACCGCUGCCACCGCCGCCGCCGCCCACCGAGCGCGCCCAUGCGGCGCUCGCCGCCGCGCUCGCCUGCGCGCCGGGGCUGCCGCCACCCCCGCCGGGCCCGCGGGCCGCGCACUUCGGCAACCCCGAAGCCGCGCACCCCGCCCCGCUCUACAGCCCCACGCGGCCCGUGAGUCGCGAGCACGAGAAGCACAAGUAUUUCGAGCGCAGCUUCAACCUCGGCUCGCCGGUCUCGGCCGAGUCCUUCCCCACGCCCGCUGCUCUGCUCGGAGGUGGCGGCGGCGGUGGCGGCGCGAACAGCGCGGGCGGCAGCGGCACCUGCGGCGGCGACCCGCUGCUCUUCGCGCCCGCUGAGCUCAAGAUGGGCACGGCGUUCUCAGCGGGCGCCGAAGCGGCCGGCGGCCCAGGGCCCGGCCCCCCGCUGCCUCCGGCCGCCGCCCUGCGGCCCCCGGGCAAGCGGCCCGCGCCUGCCGCCGCCGAGCCACCUGUCAAGGUAGCCAAGGCCCCGGGCGCCAAGAAGCCCAAAGCCAUCCGCAAGCUGCACUUCGAAGACGAGGUGACCACGUCGCCUGUGCUGGGGCUCAAGAUCAAGGAGGGCCCGGUGGAGGCCCCGCGGGGCCGCACGGGGGGCGCGGCGCGGCCGUUGGGCGAGUUCAUCUGCCAGCUCUGCAAGGAGGAGUACGCCGACCCGUUCGCGCUGGCGCAGCACAAGUGCUCGCGCAUCGUGCGCGUGGAGUACCGCUGCCCUGAGUGCGCCAAGGUCUUCAGCUGCCCGGCCAACCUGGCCUCACACCGCCGCUGGCACAAACCGCGGCCUGCCCCUGCCGCCACCCGCGCGUCGGAGCCCGAAAUCGCUGCCAGGGCUGAGGGGCGGGAGGUAACAGGCGGCGGCAGCGACCGCGACACGCCGAGCCCCGGCGGCGUGUCUGAGUCGGGCUCUGAGGACGGGCUCUACGAGUGCCACCACUGCGCCAAGAAGUUCCGCCGCCAGGCCUAUCUGCGCAAGCACCUGCUGGCGCACCACCAGGCGCUGCAGGCCAAGAGCGCGCCGUCUGCCCCUCCGGCCGAGGACCUACUGGCCUUGUACCCCGGGCCCGACGAGAAGGCGCCCCAGGAGGCAGCCGGCGACGGCGAGGCAGCCGGCGUGCUGGGCCUGAGUGCGUCCGCCGAGUGCCACCUGUGCCCGGUGUGUGGGGAGACCUUCCCCAGCAAGGGCGCCCAGGAGCGCCACCUGCGCCUGCUGCACGCUGCCCAGGUGUUCCCCUGCAAGUACUGCCCGGCCACCUUCUACAGCUCGCCUGGCCUCACGCGGCACAUCAACAAGUGCCACCCGUCCGAGAACAGACAGGUGAUCCUCCUGCAGGUGCCUGUGCGUCCGGCCUGCUAGAGCGCGCCCUCCACCCCCGGCCCCCCGAACUGUGCCUUCGUUUGGAGACCCACGAAAUGAGCGCGCCCUGCGCGCCCCGAACCCGCGUCCGCGCCAGGGGCGCCCACCCCCGGUGAAAGUGUUGUCUCCGCUUCUCUCGGUGUGGCGUGACGGUAACCCCGAUCCUCUUGUUGUGACUCCUUUUGGACCCCCACCCCCCUUUUUGCGUCGUGUCCCCUGCCCCCCUUGGCGCAACAGGAGCCAAUCUCUUUCUGUACAAGGGAGAAGAGCUGUACGCGUUUGUCUCGUGGUUGGAAGCCUCCCCUUGGAGAGGAGAGCUGUUUUUCUUGCUAGUAUUCGCUGUGUUCAUGGUCUAGAAGCGCGGUUUGCUCUCGCCUACCAAUCUCUGCUCUCUGUGUAUGUAGCGUACGGGUUGUUUUGGGUGAAUCUUGAGGGAUCAAUGCCUUUAUAUUUCACAGGCUGUAAAUUGAACUUCCCACACGAUUAGCUUUAUUAUGGCUUGUGAACUGCUGGAGUCUGGCUUUACCUUUUUGUAUGUGAACAAAUCAAAUUGCUUAAAAAAGAGUUUUCUUUAGUAUAGCCGCAAAUGCCUUGAACUGUUGUCUGUCUGGGAUUGUUUUGGGGGGGAGG